AUGUGCAAGGCAGCAGAAAAAGAUGUUAGGAGCAUGAGUGGUUGUGCUCUCCUACUAACAUCUUGGGCAUUCACACGCAUCCCAUUGUUCGCUCCUAUCAAUACUGUGGAACCAUCGUUUCCAUAUGCACAAAGGUGGACACAAAGGGGAAUGAAUUACCGUGCAACUCCUCGCUUCCAUCUCCAAGGAUAUCGAAACGUGUUGGAUCAUAUGCAAGAAAAAGAUUUUAUAUGGAGGCCGUACAUUCAGUACCCGGUGCCGCGUCUAGAAGAUAGCCAAAUCUGGAGUGCAACAACUUACCUUGUCUGUUUCUACAUCAUUGAGAUGCACCAAUCAGAUAGGGUAACACUCCAGUUUGGAUUUGACCAACAGAUCCCUCCACUUCCUAGGUGCUUGAAGGAACAUCACGCAAUUACCAUGCGAAAAGCGCAAAAAGUUCAUUGGCAACAGUUACACAAGGACGAGGUGCGAGAAUGGAAACACAGAAGAGAUGUGAUUUUGCAGGGGGGCGCUAUAUUUGGUGAACGCAAACCAAGUCAAGAGUAUCUAACUUGGUUCCGCGCAAUUCCUUAUGUUCAUGUUGCUCCGGAUCAAUUUCUAACCGACCCACAGACGCAACCAUCAUCAUCGACACAACAAACUCCCGCAUCAAUGCAUCAGCAUGUCCCACCAACCCAAACCUCUCAAUUUGGGGGGUACCCAUCCUCUUCAGCUCAACCUAACUAUAACUUCCCCCAGUUCUCCCAACAAUAUCAGCCCCAACCCUACCUCCGACCACCCAGACAGUUCACCCCAUGCACAGCCCCCAACUUUCAGCAGAGCAACCCUUAUGUCCAAUAUCCUACAAAUCCUACCUUCAGCACUACCUUCUCUCAACCCGCCUUCACGCCCGAUGACGUAUACAUCCCAACCAUGCAACAACCCCAAGCCGAUACAUACCCACAACCACCACAACCAUCACAUUCAUUUCAACAUUUUUUACUGACAGAGGAGCAACUGACGCAAAUGCCAGAUUUUAACAUCGAAGAUAUUCUAAAUGAUGAUGAAUCAGGACCCUCUUCAAGGCAGACAAUCCCCCCGAGAACACAUCAUAAUGAAGAUUUAUCUUCAGACUCCUCUCAAUCAGCUGCAAACGAGCGUUUGGGCAGAGGAUACCGACAGCGAAGGCCCCCUAGGUGUGGAACUGGAGGUCAUCUCCGAUGA